AUGAUUCUCUCCACAAAAAUAUCGCUAGGAGCCUCAACUGAUGCCUCUGAAACAGUGCGAUGGAGCGCAGCCAUCUUGCUCAAGCUGUCAAAACAAAAUGAAGGAAUAAUUUCCCUUCGAUUUGUCGUCGACCUCCUCGUGGACCGACUUGAUGAGCUAUUUCAAUACCUCAUUGACCAGGGACUGUCUCCACCACCCAUGUUUAAUGAGAAUGAAGUCGCAUUAAAAAAGGCUUUAGACACUCUCGGGCUUGGUCAUAUCAAAAUGGCCUUGGAUAAAAUUGAGACAAAAGACAGGCACUUAUCGCACUCGUCCCUUUCGGGGAAUACGCAACUCCUGCUCAAGGAAACCGAAGGCGUGGGCCCUGAAAUCGACAUCAGCGAGUUGAGCUCAAACAUGGAUUUGCUGGCGCAACCUCCGAUGUUUGAUGGCUAUGGGGAACUCCACACAAUAGCCCCCCAGGCAGCCCUGUCUCUUCCUGCACUUCCUGACAAUCCUUUGCCGCCUCUGUACGAAAAGGAAAUUGUUGAUCUUGAACGCCUCCCGGAAUUUCACCAAGAAUUGGUUUCAAAUGACCCUUCUUCAGACGAUUUACCUGAUCUCGGCCAGCCGAUUAUACAUCACCAACGACAGUCAAGUGCCACAUCCAAUCCAGAAUCUUCUGUUCGCGAGUCUGAAACAAGUGACGGUGUGCAAAGUAGGGAUGACCUGAAGGAAGAUUCUAAUGGCAGCGAGGACAUGGAAGAUAUUGUGCAUCGGCUGUCAGACAGAAUGGGGAAUCUACAAAUCGGGUCCGAUGGACAAGUGCGAUAUUAUGGCCCAACAUCUCACUUUAAUUUGCUGCGGAUGCCCACUCCUGACAACCUAACCAUCCAUCGCAACGUGCGAAAAGAUGGACAGGACUACCUAUAUCGUAUGGGUAUUGGUAAAAGUAUUCCAGAUGACCUAGAGGAGCAUCUGGUCAGCUUGUACUUCACCUGGCAUAACCCAUCCUUCGAUGUGGUCGAGAGGACGAUGUACGAGAUGGCAAAGCAACAGUGGCAAGAGCACAUGGAAGAAACCCCUUAUUAUUCCGAGGCCUUGACAAAUGCAAUGUGCUGUCUCGUUGCUGCAUUUGAGCCUCGCUAUCACCCUAAUUUCGUCACUUAUCCUAGAUCCGUGUCGGAUUUCUUCGCAGAUCGGGCAAAGAUACUACUUGACAUUGAGCUUGACUCACCAUGCUUGGCAACCGUUCAAGCCAUGGUAGUUUUGAGUGGACAUGACAUAGGUUGUAAGCGCGACGCUAGAGGCUGGCUUUAUAGUGGAAUGGCUAUGCGGCUGGCUUUUGAUCUCGGACUACAUCUUGACAUGUCUUCCUGCGUAGCGGACGGAUCAAUCAGCGCAGCUGAGGCUGAACUGCGGCGCAUGGUCUUUUGGGGAGCUUAUACGUUAGAUCAGCACUGGGGAUAUUUACUUGGGCGACCAUUUCGAAUCAAUAUGGAAGAUGUCACCAUCGACAAGCCUGGUCGAGAUUCCACCUGGGACCAAGCUCAACGAUGGACCCCUUACGGGCUCCCAUACCCCGUUUCCUAUCUCUCUGACACGCCCAUUGUCAAUCCAGUCGCAGCUUUGAGUCGGUAUCGCAUAUUACUCUGCGAAAUAAUGACGCCGCUGGGUCAUGUACUAUACGGGUCCUCCAAGAUCUCCAAACACGAACUCCAACAGCUCAACGCGGAAACUACCGAGAGACUUCUUGGUUGGAAGGCCAAUCUUCCCGCGCCUCUUCAGGUUGACCUUGACAAUUCAACGACCCCCUAUUUGCCUCAUAUCCUAUUAUUGCACAUGCACUACUAUCAAGUUAUCAUCCAUGCACAUCGGCCCUGGAUGUCCAAACGUUCGAUUCAACCUCAGCCCGCUCAAGGCCCCGGCCAUACCCAUGCUCGCAAAAUGUGCGUUGAGUCUGCCACCGCAAUUGCCAAGCUGCUCCAUCUCUAUGAAUUGCGGUACACUUUUCGUCGCGUGAACAUCCAAGCAGUUGCGAUUACCUGUUCUGCGGCACUGAUGCUUAUUUUUGCGAAUGUUCUCGAUCGCCGCUUCAACCAUGAACACAAAAUAGUUGCUCAUCUCAACGUAUGCUUUCGAGCGCUGGAAGAAUUUGGAUUCUCAUGGGAGAGCGCAAAGCGAGCACAGACCUUUUUGCUCCACAUGCAGAGGGUGUGGGAUAGCAGAGUCCGUCCCUACCGCUCAACAAAACGAGCUGUGUCAGAAGCCCACAUCAGGACUCAAGCACGUUCCCCCAAACCUAAGAGAUCUCGCACUGCGCUUGGAUCUGGCUCCAUGGAAGCCAAUACAUCUGCCGAAGGGGACGAUGCGCAAAGAUUGCACGAAAAUAAUAAUGAUCAAAUUGAUUCUGACUCUGAGGAUUUUGACUGGCUGUUGGCUGCUAGCAUGGGCGCUGUUCCUCCUUCAGGAUGA